UGACGUCAUGCAUUGGGAGCCAUUUUCCGGAAAAUGUCAAUAACUUGUCCAGAGUGUUCUGCUUCAACAUCAAGGAAGCUCUUCACAUAAACUUUCUCGUCAUCGUGAUUUUCUUGUAACCACAUGCUGAGAGUUUGAAUUAUUUGAUAUUAUAUCUAAUACCCUCAAACUGGUGAUAUGGCAGGUGUAAGUGGGGGAGGUAGGGGUUACAACUUCAAAGUUGUCCUUCUGGGAGAGGGAUGUGUCGGAAAAACCUCGCUUGUACUGAGAUAUGUAGAAAACAAAUUCAACGAUAAGCACAUCACAACGUUACAGGCAUCAUUUCUUAACAAGAAGCUCAACAUUGGUGGAAAAAGAGUAAACCUAUCAAUAUGGGACACUGCUGGUCAGGAGAGGUUUCAUGCACUGGGACCUAUCUAUUACAGAGACAGUAAUGGAGCCAUCCUUGUCUAUGACAUCACAGAUGAAGAUUCCUUUCAGAAGGUUAAGAACUGGGUGAAGGAACUGCGCCGAAUGCUUGGAAAUGAUGUUUCUCUUUGUAUAGCUGGCAACAAGACAGACUUAGAGAAGGAGCGACAUGUUCCUGUUGCGGAUGCCGAGGCAUAUGCAGCAUCAGUGGGUGCUAAACACUUUCACACAUCAGCUAAACUCAAUAAGGGUAUUGAAGAGAUGUUCUUGGAUUUAAGUAAAGGUAUGAUUGAGAAGUCUGGCACUGACACGUUAGGUCGAAGCAAGACAGGGACAAACACACGGAAGAGUGUAGUAGUGGUGGACGAUGAACAGCCAGAGCAGAAAUCAAGCAGUGGAUGCUGUUGAUGUGACGAUGCAACGUUCACUCCCCUAGCAUCACCCAGCAACAGCAUGCUCAUUGGUCAAGGCAUCCAAUCAUUACUGGUUGUUCAUUUGAUCUUGACCUGAAACGAUCACCAUUCAUGUUUGACUGCUUUGUGUAGAUGUUGAAUAUUUAUGAUUAACAUAUAUAGUAAGUUUUUAAUUUAACAAUUUAUUUACUUUUGGCUUUGUAUAUAUGCCUUUGCUUUGGCAUUUACUUCAAUCUACAAUUAUGUAUCAUAAGGAAGUUGAUGGACAAUAUAUGAUAUUGGUUCAUACUAUAAGAACAUUUGAACAAGGAUCAGUGCAGUCACAGCCAAAGCAGUCUUCCCUUGAAGUGAGCGCUGGAUGUAACCAAAAACUUUCCCUGUAAUUUCCCCAAUCCCAUUUACUACAUAUAAUGUACAUAGUUGAUUGUAAUAUAUAUUUAUGCAUGUGAGUGUGCUGGGAACCACAGGAUGUAGUGAGCAUGAGCCUACAGAGCCUCAUUGGUACACUGAGCGUGAUUGUUAGACAUUGACUUUGAAGGGUCUAGUCUGUUAUGUGGCUAGUCAUUCCGGCAAUGUUGGCAGGAACGCCGACCUAGUGUGGAGCAGAUCAUUCACCAUGUAAAGAGUAACAGGAAUGUGAAGUAGAGUGCUUUGUAAAUAGUUCUAGAGACAAGUCAGGUGCUUUGAGUUAAGGUGUACCCAGUUCGUCUGUUUGUGGAAGAGGCUUGUCAGGUAAUAUACAUGUCCAUAUACAAGUUUGCAAGUCUUUAUCCAUCAGGGGACAUGUAGAUUGACAUGUUUAAGGUGUAAUUGUGUUCACAAAGUACAGCAGUGUAAUCAGAUGCCACUGUGAUUAAUGUCCUGGUCACAUGGCGUUUUCUAUUCCAGUAGAAGUGGUCUCCCUUAUGUGUUGGUCUAAUGAUGGUAUGUAGUUGUGUGUUUGUGGUUAAACCACACACUCUCUGGUAUCCACUUUCUCAAGUAGAAGAUACAAGCAUGUUACAUGGUUCCUUAUUUUACGUUGGGAAUUUACAACAUGCCUAAUGUUCUUUUUGUACUGACGACAGAAUAUUCUGUCUAUCUGAUGUGAUAGAAUUGCAGGAAGUAUAUGUCAUGUGAGAACUAAAUGCUAACACUGUAUGGUUUCAGUCAGCUCUUGCAUCAAAUGUCUGAACCUUUUGGCAACUCUCUUUUGUCACUGACUCUGUGGUUAAUCACAUCUGUUUUACAGUGCACUAUUUGUGUGAAUAUUUACACUUGUAUAUUCAUUCUUAUAAUUUAUCUGUAUAUAAUCAGGAUAAUGUAGCUGUAACCAUGGUAACAGUCUAUAUGAUGUUUUCAAUGCUCUUGUUUCAGUCCUGAUUAGGUUAAUCCCUGGUUUGAUAUGCACAGUUAUGAAAAAUAACUGUUUUUGAAUGAUGUGAAAUUGUGGUUUUUGAAAAGGAAUCUCCUUUCACUCUGAAAUAUAGACUAACUUGUUAAACAAUUCAUGUAAGAAAUACAUUCUGAUAAUAUCAAAUUUGAAGUAAGAGGUUAAUGAAUACACAUCCUUUUUGCUGUACAUAAUUACACUGUUUAGCUUAGGGUGUUAUGACUUCAUCUGAAAAUAUCUUAUCCAAUUGUUACUUCUGUGUUUUCCACCUAUUGUGAAUGUGAUACUUGUGUUUGUAGUUGUUUCUUAUGUAGGAAUUUAAAUGUGUUGUUAAUGAAACAUUUUUUUUGUGCUCAUCAAAAUCAUGACUGCCAGAUCUUUGUUCAGCGAGACAUGUCGAGCUGUCUCUUCCCGUGAAUAUAGGAUUUCCAGUUGUCUGGUUAUUACUAAUGAAUUGUGUUCAUUUGUCAAAAUCAAAAGCUGGGAUAACUAAUGAUAAAUGUGUGUCUUUAUGAGCACAGUGUGUGCUUUGAUAUUAUGGGUAAGUUAAUACUCUUCAAGCGUAUCCCUGUUGGCUAUAGUUAAGAUGGUAGCAUGAUGUGUCCCAAGUUAUUCAGGCUGACCAUGAUUUACCUACACAUGUAGCAGUAAUGUUGAGUAGAUGGGUGUAAGUUGGUGUAACAAUACAGUAUCAUUUGAUGGUACAAGCCUGUCCAUUCUAAACAGGAUUCUGGCAUCUUGUGGAGAAUUUUCGAGACCCAUAUCAUGAUACAAAUUAUUCAUUCAUUUUCAUGACGACUAUGAGUUGCAGGUUAGCUUUGUCUUGAUACUGAAUUAACCAACAAAGUACACAUUUUGGGUUGAGAAUACAAUAUCCUUGUUAAAUAACAAUUGUUUUGUUGUAAGUGCAGACAGUAUGUAACAGUCUCUUGCCCAUUGUAUUGUUGCACCUCUCACUGUCUUGUCUCAAAAGAAGUUAGGGGGGAUAACAUCAGCAGUGUUUGGUUCAGAACAAAGCCAUGUGCUUUCAUACUGUAUUUAUUGUGUAUGUAUAGAUUCAGUAGCCAUGUACAGGUCUAGAUGUGCACAGUGCUUUUACUCCAAAUCAGAUAUUGUGCAUUUCUUUACUAAGAUCAAAAUCAUCUGAAAUGUUGAUACUUGGUGACAUGAGAAAAGCCAGCUUCUUAAAACACUAGACUGUGGAAAAUGUAUAUCACUGAAGUGUUAGGAUUGUGAACAGAUAGUCCCUUGAGACCUGUAAAUGUCUGCGUUUUGUGGACAUGUGGUGGGAUUAUGUAACUGAAGAUGGAUAUAUCACAGACAAUGUAUAUUUGUAAACCUUGUGAUCAUGUCAUCAAUAAAUGAUUCAACAUGUA